GUUUUCUCAGGCUUUGCAAUAUAACACGAUCCAUUUCUAUUAAUAGAGAACCAAACCAGUUAAGAUGGGAUCCAGAGACCCACGAUCACAAAUCAGCCCUACAUCAAAAGUCGGAAAGGCAGGCGCCACUUCAAAAGCAGGAAACCCGAAUUCAUCGAUGAGAUCGAAGAGACCCCAAGAAAACUCCAAACGGGACAAAAAAUCAAAAGCCGUUCGUGCAUCCACUGAGAUAUCCUCGCGCGGAUCUGGUGAAAAGGAUCCAUUCCCGGCUUUAGAGUUGGCGCUGAGACAUUUCGAGUUUUAUCAUGGAUUCUUGCCUCGCGAGGAUCUACAGAGCACUCUACAGAAUCCCGGCGAUUUCUUGCUCCGCGUCUCCGAAGUUGUCGAGGGAGAGAAUAAGGUCAACCGUGAGAUUAUUCUGUCGUUGAUUCCCAUUCAAGAGGAGGGAAAAGAGGAUGAGGAUAAAAUUCGGACCCGAAACGUGGUGAUCAAGCGUGCGGGAUACCUAUUCUUCUGCGAAACAACUCGCUCUUUCGAUUCAAUCUUUGAGCUCAUCAACUACUACAUGAAGAACACGGGCUCCUGUUCAAGUGCAACUUUUCAACUUCUGAAUCCAAUUCUCCAACAACCAUGGGAAUAUAUGCAUUCGGAUGUUACAAUUGGAAAAGUUCUCGGAGAAGGAGCAUUUGGAAAAGUGUGCUCAGGGACUUUGAAGCUUAAAGAUGGAUCGAAUGUGGAAGUCGCGAUCAAAAUGACAAAAGUUUCGGCGUUUCUCAGUAAGAUGAAGAUCAAGGAGAUGAUGAACGAGGCGAGAUUCAUCAGAAACUUCAAUCAUAAAAAUGUGGUUCGCCUGUACGGAGUUGCACAUCACGAGCAGCCACUCUAUAUUCUUCUGGAACUGGUCAAAGGUGGAUCCUUGCAAGAUCAUAUGAAGAAGGAGAAGGGUGCGGUGACGAUUGCGGAGAGGAUCAGAUUCUGUUGUGGAGCUGGCCGUGGCAUUGAGUAUCUCCAUCAGAAUAACUGUAUUCAUCGUGACAUCGCCGCCCGUAACUGUCUUCUCCAAACGAGGUCAAAAUCACGGACUUUGGACUGUCGCGGACUGGACCGACCUAUAGUAUGAAGACUUCUUGCAAGCUGCCUGUCAAGUGGCUCGCACCAGAGACUUUGGCUACGUUCUCCUUCUCGUAUGCCACGGAUGUGUACAGUUGGGGGAUCACGUGCUACGAAGUGUUCGCCGAUGGAGGUGAGCCGUUUGAAGGUAUGCCGAAUGCAGUUGUAAAUUCGGAUGUACUCGCGAACAAGUUCUGUUCAAUGCCACCAAAUUGUCCGGAAACCAUCAAAACCUACCUGAACACGUUCGUUUUUGUCGAGGAACCCCGCCGCGCGACGAUGACACUGGCUGUGACGGAGUUUGAACGAUUUGCGGUAAUGUGUGAGACUGGACAGAUGGAAAUGCCAAAGAAGAAGAUUGCGGAUGUUUUCAAGAGUCAUAGAAGUAGCCGAAGUAAGAGAAAGAAGAAGGAGAAGGAGGCACCCAAGACAGAGUGA